AUGACGACGACGGAUGCUUCUUCUGAACAUGACACUACAAUUAUGCAUCCCACAAGCAAUGGCAAUGAGGUGGAUGCAUGGCUUGAGUUUCAGCUCCAGGAGUAUGUGGACCAUGGCUUAUUGAAGUCUUGUACGCAAGAAGAGAGUUGGCGAAUGGUGUAUUGCCUUGCUCAUCGCUUUUUCCCUGAUCGCGUGUCCGAUCUGCCGACGAUCUUGCAGCAAGGAACGCCAAGUGACAUGGAAGGUGCUUUGCAGAUUCUACACGACGAGCUGGGUGUCCCUGUUACGGUUGACAAUGGUGACAUGAUGGCCUAUUACAAUACGCUCCGCGAUAUCACCAUGGAGACAUUUACACAGCGACGCACUGAGAUUCGCAUGGUGCAAGAAACGGCCCAUUUGACCAUCACCCGAACAACAACAACACGAGGCGACGCUGAAUUGGAGAGACGUGCACGUGUGGUGAUGAAUCGUAUCAAGCGGUUGCAUGAUACAUUGAAUGACAUGGCUCUUUAUCAAAGUCAUAUGGACGUGGGAGGAGAAGAGGAUGAAGACCAAGAGUCCUUUGAAGCAUCCAUGAUCAGUCGUGUGGAAGAAUUUGAAACGAGUCUGGCAUCAUUUCAAGAGGAAGAAUAUGCAUCUUUCAAGGAAUACGUGGAAAAUGGCUUGGAUCAUGAGGAUCAAGACACACAACAUUAUAUGCAGGAGGUCGUGGAAGCACAUGCAGCUUUGGAUACACAAUUACGGGAGGAUUUUGGCACCAUUCGUGCAAGAACCACACUCGCCAAAUUGACUCGCCCUCUACGUAAUGAGCUCGACUUUAUUCAAGCACACAUGCUAAAGACAACCAUCCACAUCACUUCAGCUGCUAUCGAUGAUCUUGAAGAGCGUGUCUUACACGUAGGCCGUAUGAUUAAGGAUAUCCAUGAGCAACAUCCCGAAUUGGUGGGCCCUGCAGAUUGUGAUACUUCGCCAUCACCACGCUUUGAAGCAUUGAGACAAAAGCACGUCUUGGUCAAUCAAUGGGUACAUGAAGUGCGAGUAUGGCAUGGUCAUUGCGAACGUGCCACCGAUUGGAUCUCCAGCAAGUUACGGGAUAUCGAGAACCAGGACGUGCCAGAUGGUUUGCAAGAAGGACAUCUUGUGGAUGAUAACGACGCACUUGUUUCCAAGGUUGAUCAGCUUAACACGGCCCAUGAAGCAUUGGAGAAACGUGUCGAGACAUUCAAUGCCGAGGAUAUUGAUUGUAUGCGUAUGCAUGUCAAGACACUCACUGCCAGUGACAAGAACAGAGAUGAUCUUACGCCUGCCGAUACCAUUGUCAUUGAGAUCAUCUUCACAACGCUCAUGGUGUUUGAUCGAUUGAUGAAUGCGAUACGUCGUCGCUCGUAUGAUUUGCAAGUGUUGGCUUUACGAGUGUUUUGGGAACAAGAGCAUGCCAAGUCAUAUGUAUGGCUUAAUCGAGCCCAUCUUCAGGUGGAUGAUCUUUUGGAACAUGCACAAUGGCGACCUGACGAGGAACAUCAUGAGGCCAUCCGAUCCCUGGUGGUGCAGCAAUUAUUGGAUCUUGAGCACCAGUCGGCUACCUUUGAUCAAGGGCAAUUCACCAUGACCGUCAACAUGUAUCAGGAUAUGGAUGACAUGUGUAGGGUUGAGAUUCCCGAGCAUUUGGAAGCCAUGCAAGUGCGUAUGGAGCAAGAUUUCGAAUCAUUGACAAAAAAGUUGGCGUAUGCACGUGAAGUUGUCGAGCAACGAUUAUCAUUGAUGGACUACGUGGAGCGUGCAGUGAAGCUGUUGGCAAGUGGAGAGCAACUCAAAGAAGAAAUGGCAGCAGCAAAAAAGGAGUCGACUAUCACCUUGGAUCGUGAUUUGAGCACGCGAGUGAGAAGCGAUCAGGAGCAGACCUUGCAUAUCGUGACCGUACUUGCACCCCAAAUGCGAUAUCCAUCCGCUGAAGCCAUUGGUCGUCAAGAACAAGGUGACAUAUUCAAUGCAACAGCUGAGAGAUCUGUGAAUGAAUACAAGGCAGCUCUCGAGCAAAUGAGCGACACGUUACAAAUGAUGUUGGAAGAGCUUCAGCAAAUGCAAGAGCUACAAAAGGCGGUUGCUCAACUCACCAAAGACCUUGCACAGUUGCAAUCAUCGGUUCAAAAACAGCUCCGUGCUGUUAAAGCAAGCAGCAUUGAUGUAUUGGAUGAACGAUGUGCUUUGGAUAAGACGGAUGUGGACCGGCUACGUAUUGAGUGUGGAAAUCGGUUAUCCAAAAUGAUGGUGCUCAAGGACACAGAUGCCAAAAAGCUUGAUGACAAGUUGAAGUCGCUGAAGCGCAAUGUUGCUGAUACGGAUGCCGUUUCAUUGGAUCCUUUGGAGAAGACUAUGGAGCACGUGAAUGCUCUUUUCAAGGAGCUUGAAUCAGCAUUGGAGUUGCGUCGUCUUCAAGUGGAUGUUUUACAAAAACGGCUUGAAUGGGAAAGGUCUUUGGAUGAUGCUUCUCAAAUGGUGCGAUCGACGACACACAGUAUUUGGAUUUGGAUUGAAAAGACACAAUGGCGACCCAAUAACAACAACAACAACAACCAGCAGCAGCAACAAAACAGCACAUCCGAUAGUGAAAAGGAGAUGCGAUCGAGCCUUGAGGAAUUGGGUCAACAAGUUGAGACGAGCAAGAGUUCUGCAGCCAAUGUAUUUGAUGGAUUCAGAGAUAUGGCAGAUCAGCUUACCAGCAUGUCGGAUGAUGAUCUUCAAUUGGUGCUUUUCCACAUGCGUCGACAACAAGAUAAGCUUCAAAACAGCUUGAGUGAGCUUACAGGGAGUGCUGAAUUUGCAGAGGCAGUGCUUGAGCAACGUGUGGGCGUAGGUGUGUUUAUGCGACGUGCUGACAAAGCACAUGAUACGGGUGAGCAAUUGAUAUCAGCCAUUCAGCAUGCACUCGACACGAUCAUGUCCGACAAUGUCAAAGACGACGAUGAUGAUCCAUCAGCAACUCGUUUUUCCAAAUCGGUUGAGCAAUUCGGCAAGGAUAUCGAAGAGUUAUGGUCACAGCAUGGUGAAACUGUACCUUAUCCAACUCGCUCAUCAGCUGCUCAUGCUGCCCGCCUUUCGACCCAAGAUGAUGAUAUCAAUGUGCGUAUCAAGACCAUUGUGCUUCAUGAGCGUGGUAUGUUGAAUGCCUUGUAUGACAAGAUGGUCAUGCUGCAUACACGAUACAAGAUGGCGAUGCAACUUACCAGCAAGGUGCGCUAUGCUCGACGACGUAUCGAUCAUCAGCAGCAACAGGUGACAGCUCUCAUGGAUGAGAUUGACGCUGAUCGCCGUCAACAAGAGCUUGAGAUGAACAGGAUGAAAUCAUUGAAAGAUUUGAUGACAAGAAACAAGGCACGUGUUGACAAAGUGGAUGAAUACAAGAAGACACUAAUUAACCUGGACGAUGACUGCCAAUCUCUCACAGGCACUCUCCGGCAAGAAGGUCUUGAUGCACAUGUUCCCGUUGAUGGCCUCACCCAAGCCUUGGUUUCAUUGGAGACGAACACACAAAGGUUGGAAGAUAUGUUUUCUCACUACACGAGAGAGCUUGGCAUCAGCGACAAACGAGCCCGUUGGGAAGGAAAUGUCAAGGAUGCAAUUCGUCAAAUCAAUGUGCUGGCCGACCAAGUUGACACGACAUUGGAUUUUACGCACUUGGCAUCAUCUGGCAGCGACAUCCUCCAAAAACACAGGGAACAUCUCAAAGCCCAACAAGAUCGAGCAUCUGUCAUCAAUAAAUAUCUAGAAUCCCAGGUGGAUCCCAGUUUUCAUCUUGUUAAACAAGAGUAUGGUGAUGAUGAGCCAUUUCCACAAGCACUUGCUGAUCAGCAGAAUCAGUUACAUGAUCAAUUGGGCAACUUGAGCACACUCAUUGAGAGCAAGUUUAUCGAACUUGAUCGUUGGGAAGAGCAUGGUCAAUGGCAACAGAGGGUCAACAAGGCAAUGGAAGAAUGCAAUCAUCAACAGCAGCUUAUUGAGAAGUUUAUUCGGAAAAGAGCAGCUCAAUGUUUGCGAAAGGGAGAAGAAGAAAAUGAUGUCAGUGGAUUGGAUCAGUUGAAAUCCCACGCACAGACGCUUGUGGAUCGCAUUGACCACGUGAUUCGAGAGGGUGACACAUUGGCACACGAUCGUAAAGCUUUUGAGUCACACAAGGAACGUGCUAUGAGUGUCAGGAGACAAUUGAGUGGCAUUCUUGACUUUGCUCAACGGGUGGAUGACCAAUGUGCUACAGCAUUGUCGUGGUUGGAUCGUGCACAUCAAUUGGAAGAAGAUGCCCAAAAAGAGAGGUUGAGGAUUGAAAAGGGUGAUGUUGAUGAUGUCGACGUGGUGAUUGAGCAUUUCAGAGCAAAAGUGCAAGAGCUUUGCAAUGACGAGUUGAUGUUUCCUGUGCGUGAUUAUGAGGAGCAUGAUCCAGCUGCAAAGGACUUGGAUGGAGCUGACAAUGACACCUUGCAAGAGCUUGUGAAUGUUCAAAGGCAAAACCUUCAUGAUUUGAUCGACAUGCUCGAUGCAGCUGCCAAGGCGCGAAGAUUGACUCUUGAGAAGCAAAGCAACGUGGAUGCUUAUCUUGUGGAAGCUCGAUCUAUGCAAGAUUGGAUCAAUGACAAGCUCACUUCAGCAGCAAGUAUUCGUGAUAUCGGUGAUCAAGCAACAGCACAAGACAUACGCUCAGCUCUUUCAUUAUUGGAUUCCUUGUCAGCAGCCGUCAACACGCAGCAACCAUCCUACGAUUCUUUAUGUGCAAAGGCAAAGCAGCUGGAUGAUGAUGUACAAGUGAAGCAGCAACAAUCGACUCUUGCCAGCAUGUGGGAUCAGCUUCAGCGUGAUGUUAGCGAUGAGACUCGUGAACGAUUGGAAAAGUAUCUUCAGCACGCCGAAUUCCAAGAAGCCGUUCAAUCUUUCAAAUCGACAUGUCAACAAUUGGAAAACGAGCUGGCAAAUGCCGAAGUGUGUGAUCUUUCGAAAGAAUCGAUUGAUGCGUGGUAUCAACAAUUGGAUAUGCUCAAGACUCAAUCCCUUGUAUCGGUCCAAAAGCAAAUCAAGGAUGAUGAGCCUGGUCAAAAAGAUGCAUACGAGGCAAUGGUGAAGCAACAUCAACAAUUGUGCAAUUUGCUGGAUGAUGUCAAUACAAGGUGGCAAGAGGAUCAGCUGAUACAAGAUUACCAACGACGUGCUGCUGAGUUGGCAUCUCAAUUCUCGGCCUCAAAUUCGCGAUUGGAAUCGAUUCGCCAAAGAAUUCCUAUUGUCACCGGAUCGUCUGAUGAUAGCGACAAUGAUGCCAUUGUUUCAGCAUAUGAGGAUGAGCAGCAUCACGUGCAAGAAUUGAUGACCGUGUACGGCAACAUUCAGGCAUUACAUCGGGAUCUUCAAGAAAAGCAGCUUGCCGAAAGAGUCACUGAUGAAUGUACCCAUUUGGAUAACGAGGAGAAGUCUUUGCAGCAAAGGAUUGAUUUGGUGAGAUCUUCGAUUGAUACGGCAGCACAAUGGAAGGCACUUCACAAGCGGCUGAGUGAUAUUGAGCAUGACCUUAGCAAGAUUGAUGAUGGUGCGAUUGCUAUUGAAGACGCCGAAGAGCAAUUGGCAGCAAUGGAUGCACAGCUUUCUACAAUUGUUUCCACGGCUGGAAAGAUAAGCAACAUGGAGUGUAGUGGCGAGCAACAUGCAAACGAGUCGGCCUUCCAAAAGCACUAUGAUCAGGUCAUUGCCGCCAUUGCAGCCAUUAAGGAACAUACCAAUGCCAGAAAGCUUGAAGUCCAGCAACAAGAGGAGAAGGAAGCUAUAUUACAAUCAGCAAAUGAUAUACGAGAACGAGCUGAGAAGGAGCGAUCCAACAUCCACCAACGUCUUGCAAGUACAUCCGCUGGUAUCAAGUCCAUGGAUCCUAAUCAAGAUGGCAUGGCUGAUGCCCUUGAGCGAUACCAUGAUGAGCAUACAAUGAAGGCUGCUGAAAGUAAAUCUCGUGUAUACGACAUGUUGAUGGAAGAAUUGAAUGGCUUGGGGAUGACCGAUUCGGACGAGGAUAUUGCAUCUGCUACACGACAAGCAUUAGAUGAUCUUGAACGUGCCAUUGAGAGGGAGCAAGGAUCCAGCACUUUGUUGUCGCGAGCAGCAAUAUCGACGAAAGCAGCAAAUGAUCUCAACAACCGCAUUGAUGAUUUCAGGGCCCGAUUUAUGCAAGACAAUGACCCAGCUAGAGCAGAUGUAUCGAAUGCGGAAAAUGUGAUGGAUCGCUUGAAGCAAGAGAUGCCCGAUUUUACCUCAAGUGUGGAUGACUUAUUGAAAUCGUGCAAUGCAAUGGAGAAGGAUGGCGAUGAUGGUGUGCCAAAUACCCUCAAAGACGAUGUGCUUGAUCCCUGUGCACAAGACACUGCAGCAAAUUGGAAGCGAUUGCAAAACGAAUGGAGCAGCUUGAAUAAGCGAAUCAAUGCAACUCGCCACAUGGAAGUGAUGAGAGAUCAAUGCGAUGAAUUCCAAUCACAAGUGGAUGAACUCGGCAAUGAGAAAUUGAUCAAUGGGUUACCUUUGGAAGAGCGACCUCGAGCACAAGCAUUGAGAACGCUACAGCAAGAAUUGAAUGACUUGGAACGCAAGGCAAUGCAAUGGCUAGAGAAGGACACGAGCGUAUUGGAUGCCAUGUUGGGUGACAUGAAUGACAGCGACAAGAAUGCACUUGGCCAUCAUCAAGCCAUGCUUGAUCAAAGCAAGAAGGACUUGAUAGCAGCAAUAGCAAGAAAACGAGAUGGCAUUGACAAGGCGCUUGGAUUAGGAAAAUGUCUCUCUGCUGUGGAUGAUAUCGAUGAUAUGAUCAAUCGCUUCAAGAAGAUUUUGGAUGAUGAAGACACAACGGCUGAUUUGAGUGCACAGUACAAGCAAUAUGAACGAGAGGUUGUCCAAAAAAUCAGUGCUGCCCAUGUUGCAUUAGAGCAAGAGCUUGCAACUGGUGAGGAGACGGAUCGUCGAUCUGUAAAGGCGAGUAUCAAUGGAUUGGAGAAACGAUGGAAGGAUAUCAGCCAACAAGCAAAGAGCCGUAUCCAUGCGGCAGAUGAUGAUCAUACAAGAAAAAGAAAAUCAUCACUUCCUACCCGUAAAGGCGUACGUGAGACUGGCUCUUCUUCUCGACUCCCUGUUGUCUCCGCACCAUCAGCACAAAGUAACACAAGUUCAUCAUUGUUAUCCACAAGCAGUCGUUUAUCACCAUCAGCAUCACGACUUCCCACUAGUUCAAGUAAACGCCGUGGACAUACACAUACCCCAUCAACAUCAUCAUCUUCAUCGGCAAAACCACCGCCACCACCACCCAACAACUACAAAGCGGAUCCACGCAAUGAUCUCGAUGUGGAAAUGGGCAAGAUCAUCAACGAAUUGUCAUACAAGGUCACUGUCAAAAAGGUCCAUGGAAAAGUGGGACGCUAUUGGAUCGGUGAUAUCAAUCCCAAGUUGGCCUAUUGUCGUAUUCUCAAGAGCGGCAUGGUGAUGGUGCGAGUGGGUGGCGGAUGGAUGGAAUUACGAGAGUAUUUGAGGACUCAGCAUGCCGUACAUGAUGGUGAUUAUAUAUCCAAACCCAAGCCGGCUGAUUCAGAUCAACCCGAAUUCCCUAUGAAAGAAGCAUUUAUUGAAACGAAAAAACACAGGAUGCGUGAACGUACCUUUGUCACAGAAGAAUAA